AUGGCAUUCUCUGCAUGGCGACGUUUGGCCUUCCAACCAGCAACAUUACGAUCUACAGUCUUGCAACCUCUUCCAUGCCGACCCAUGGUCCAUCAACAGUGGCGAUUUGCUGGACACAACAAGUGGAGCAAGGUCAAACAUACCAAAGGAGCCAAGGAUGCCAAGAAAAGCCGUCUUUUUUCAAAGUUGUCAUUGGAAAUUGUAUCAGCAGUGAGAGCAACCGGCAAUGCGGAUCCAUCUCUCAAUGCUAAACUUGCUUCGGUCUUGGUUCGAGCAAAAGCAGCUGGUUUACCCAAGGAUAACAUUGAAACUGCAUUGAAAAAGGCAACGUCCAAAGAAAAGGAUUCGGUCGAGGAUGUGGUAUAUGAAUGUUAUGGACCAGGUGGCAUUGCCAUGAUCAUUGAAGCUGUGACUGAUAAGCGAUCAAGAACUGUCAAGGAAGUCAAGGAGGUGUUGAACCGCGUGGGUGGAUCCGUGUCCUCUGUAGGUUGGCUCUUUGAUAAAAAGGGGCGUGUUGUUUUUGGUGCAGGUGAAUCAGGUCAUAGUCUUGAACAAAUGAUGGAUUCAGCCAUUGAAGCAGGUGCUGAGGAUAUCGAGGAAUACGAUGAUCUUGUCGAGAUCACUUGCGAGUUUCCACAAUUGAGUCCAGUGAGCCGUGCAUUGAUGGAUCAAAAAUAUGAGGUACAGCGAAUGGAAGCAACCUAUAUCCCACAGAGUACCAUGGAGAUCUCAGAUAAGGAUACCCAAGAGUUGGUGGAAAGGUGUCUGGAGGAUAUGGAUAACUUGGAUGAUGUUGUCAAAGUACAUUGUAAUGUCGUUUUGCCUCAAGAAUAA